CUCAGCUUUGAUCAUCUCCUUGUCGAUCUAUUGUGGUGCUACAGCUCGCACGAGAGCAGACUCAAGCAGCAGAGACGCGCUGUUAGCAUCAAUUUCAAGGGCCUGCUCAGCUUGCGGCAGCGAUUCGAGCCGUCACGCUGCGUGCAGCUCUCAACAAGUCAUCACAAUCUCUGCAAGCUGCACUGGCUGCCGGCACGUCGUCGACGCGAGGUCACAAGCGCAGCAGUAUAACUUGCAGUGGACUGCAGUGGACUGCGUGCGCAGCAAAGCACUCAGCGGACUCCGUGAGCACGAUGCGCUGCCUGCUCCUCGUGACCACUGCGUGCGCACUAGCGCCGAUUACGACGCCGCCGAAGCGGACUGAAUUUAGGGAAGGCAUCGGCGGCGCUACCAAGGAGCAAGCGGUUGCUGUCGGAGAAACUGUAGAAUGCGCAAAAAAGCCUAUCGGACCGAGGGACGUUAUAGUGAGAUGCUACGACAUAUCGAGUGACGGGAAGCUUGCCCCAGCGCUCAGUCUGGCGACGUCGAAGCGCGUGCACUGGUUCCCGAAGCUGACUUGUUCAGUUGGCGAUCGCGCGUGGGCUUCAGUGCAUAAGUCGAAGUUUACCCGGCGCGUCUCUGCCACUGCUGAAUUUAUCGGGUGCACCCGACUCACUGUUUGAUUUGCGCACAGGUGGGCUUAUGAUGGAGAGAUAGAGCCCACCAGUAACUCUGUGGUCGCGCGCGCGGCCGGCGAGCCGGUAUUUUCUUUCAACCUCGGCGAAAGUGUCUACGAUGAUGCCGGGAUAGAUGAAGUGCUCCGAAAGAUGGAAGCUGACUACAAUGAGGAGGAAUACGACUUCUUCUUCCGGAAUUGUAGUCCGCGCGCGGUGCCGAAUUAUUAUCGCUUCGAUUCCCACGCCAUCGACGCCAUUCUUAGGGACCUUGGGCUCACUUGUCGCGCUCCCACGCAGAUCACUUCGCCGACGACCUGGGCCGGCGCCUGAGUGGCGGCAACGAGGUGGACCGGAAGUUCAUGGAAGACUUUGUGAUAUUCGAGUCGGAGUCCCUCUUGUGCAACAUGGCUAGCUUCCAGCGGUCGAUGACCAUGGCCGUGACGCGCCAGAUCCAGAAGAUCGUGAUCGUGUCUUGGAGGCGGUCGUGGAAGAAAGCGCUCGCGGAGGAGGCGGAGGCGUCGAAGGUAACGACUUAGUUUACUUAGGAAGGGAUUCUAGGG